AUGAUGGCGUUAGGCGCAUUUGAGCAAUCUUUGCAAUAUUUUGAAGAUGCGGAAGUAAAUUUUGCAUUGGAAGGCGCGGGACAAGGACAACCUGGUAGUGUCAAUGGUGGGAGUGUUGGAAAUGGCGGCAAUGUUGGCAGUGGCGGUAAUGAUUGUGGACAUAAUGAACAAAAUGCCAAACAAAGGCAACGCAAUGAUGGUAAUGGUGGCGGUGGCGGAAGUGUUGGAAGUGGUGGCAGUGUGAAUGGUGGCAGUGGUGGUAAUGUUGGAAAUGCCGGUAAUGGUUGUGGGCAUGGUAAACAAGGAUCAAGGCAAGGACAGGGUGGUGGCGGUGGUGGUGGUGGUGGUGGUGGUGGUGGUGGUGGACAUGGUGCUACAACAUUCUGUCCACAACCAUCUCCGAGUACAACUGAUGCUAUGGCGGUGAUGUAA